AUGCAUCAACAUCCUCGUUCUCCUGCUGUCGCUUCAUCGACGCCAAAACAACCCCCAAGAACGCUGGCCGCGGCUCGGGAUGACCUCAAGGACCCAGACUCCGUCCCGCCUUCCCCCACCGUUGACAUUCGAACCAACUCGGCCAAAGGUUUGGGCAUUGAUGCUGGGUCAGAUCCCUCUGAGCAUCGGGCCGCGGCUCCUAGCAAAGAAAAUAUGGCCAAGCUGAACCAGAUCAUUUCGAACUACCAUACAAAAGCAGCUCUAAUCGUUCUUCAUUCACGCGUCGAUCUCCCUCCUUCAUACCCAAAAGGCUCCGACACUCCGAGGAUCAACCGUUGGUUUAAUGUUGAACUAAACGAUACCGAUAUCCUACGAGAACAACUUCGAAUCUGGCGAACCUGCGAUGCCACCGACAACCGACCUCCCCCUCUGCUCAUCGAAGUAUACUUGGAUACCAAAGGCCUGACGAAUAAUCAGAGUCUGGUGGUCCUCGACGAUAACGGAAAGCGAUGGGACGUGCGAGAUUCGCUCGCAGCCCUGCGGACGCAAACCUCCAACGUCCAGCAGUCGAAAUCCGAUGAGAUCAUCCUGGAGCGGUGGAAGAUUGAGUUGGGCGAGUCCACGGCCAGACCUCCAGCUGAUCUGGGCUCCAUAUUGCCAACCGUAUAUAAGAAGAGCAUUGUUCUUUUCCGAUCUUUGUUCACUUAUUCCAAAUUCCUGCCUGCCUGGAAGUUCUCCAAGCGAAACACAAAGUUACGCCGGAGCCCUGCCCUGCAAAUCAAGUAUCGUGUCAUAGAUGGGAGUAUCCCUGUCGCAGGCCGGUCUGCAUCACCAGAUCACUUAACGGCCCCAUUGUAUGAGGGUAGUGGUAAGGUGGUGGACACCUACAGUUUCGGUGUCACCGAAUCUCCGGCUGGGCCAUUCUCCGUGCAGGUUACUUAUCGGACAAACUGUGACUUCCGCGUGGAUGAUUCAGAAGCUCUUCUCAGCUCCCGUUUCAUGGGCGCUGAUGAUGAUAUCUUCCGCCCCUCCCUCCCUCGGAGAACAUCAGACCUAACCAUGAGCUUAUCCACAUUUCACCAGGUUGGCCCUGGGACAAGUCCUCUAUCGGCUUUACGGAAUAUGAGAGAUGUCGGCCCUUCAUCUUCGCCGCCUGAUUCCCCAUCCAAGAAGCUCCUACCUCCCGCCAAAAUAGCAUCUACUGGACGAGCCGCUCAGAUUGCAAGCGAGAGUGGUGGCGGAUCGAACUUUGGUCGUCGGCCCUCCAUUUCAUUCCAGCCUUUCAAAGCACCUCCUCUAUCAGCCUCCCCGGCAUUGGUAGACACUCCACUCGGUGUAUCACCUCGAACGACAUCCGCUCGUGCCUCCGCGGGUACAUCUGCCGAGUCUCGUGUCAUGCCGCCCCCUUCUGUUGCGGCCUCUGCCCGAAGACCAGCCGCUCUUGUAUCUGACCAAAUAAUUUCCCCUUCUAAUUCAGCAUCACCAAAACCAGCUCCGAUCACCAGAUACAGUAGUUCAUUCAGCCAUCGACGAGGCCGUCCAUCUUCUGGCGGGACAACUAAGCUCGAUGACGAAAUUUCGAGCGGCAAGGCUAGUGCUGCAUCCUCUAAUGUACAGCCAGGCUCCGCCCUUCUCGCAGAAGCUACCGGCACUAGUGCAGGAUCUAUUCAUGCGGACGAUGAAAACAUCUCCGACUUUUUGAAAAUGCUUGAUUUGAAGAAAGAUCUGAUGAAUUCAUCUGGCUCUGGCUCUCAAGAUUCUGGACCUCGCAAGCCGACGGCCACAUCUGCAGCCCUCGCUCGUUUCCAACGCAUGCGUGAUUCAAACGCAGCGCUGUCAGACUCAAUGUCAACAUCUAUGCAUCUGCGGCACUCUUCAUCAUCGUCCAGUAAACACCUCUCGGGUGUCCCGCAAAUGGUUGCUGGCACAUCUAUCUCUACCGCCUCGUCCCCUGGGAAACCCAUCUCACCCCAUACCCCUCACACACCUGCUAUUCGAUCUCGCCUCAGUUCUAACAGUGUCGCCGAUGAAAUGGCCACGGAACAUGAUCGUCGCGUCCCACCGCAUAUUGAGCACGAAUCGCCUCUUGAAGAAAACCCCGGCGAAACGAUCACGCAGCGUGAUCCAUCCACCGCCGGGGCAAUAGACAUACCCAUAUCCCCCCCGUUGGCUGAUGACGACGAAAUAUUCCCGUUCGGCAUGCGGAGCGUGAGUCUUGGCAACGAAGAAGGGGCUCAUCCUCUUCCUGACACUAUGCCGCGCAUGAAUGAAGAUGAGAAUGUCGAUCCCGAUCCCAAUCUCUACCAGUGUCAGGCAGCAGACCAGCCAUGUACCGAGGACAACAAUGUCCCCGCGACGAGUGCUACUGGUACAUCACGUCCAUCUGCAUCCGCAACUUCAUCCAUCUCAAAUACGCAUCUGUACCAACCCCGCUUCGCUAGCUCACGAGGCCGCGGUUACUCGGGUGGUCAAUCUGUCAGUUCCGCAUCGAGCAGCCUCGCAAGAGGCGCGGCAAUCCCGCCUCACUUAUCCGAGCGGGAUGCCGAUCGAGAUGGUAACGCAAGUGGCAGCACGAGCGGUAAUUCCACCAUGGAAUUGCGCCGUGGCUCGGGUCAAAGACCGAGCGUGAGCCGCGCCGCGCCAUCUGCAGCCUUCGAGGACGACGAGCCGCUGCUUUUUGCCAUGAGUGACUUCGGCGCCUCAAGGCGCAGCCUCGAGGAGAACAGGGGGAAUCAUGGCGGCAACGACUCGAAUAGUGGUUCGAGGCGGGGCAGUGGUAGAAGAGGAGCUGGGCUUCCGAACUUCCAUGUCUGGUAA